CAAAGCGGCAGAGAUGAUAUGGAAAGUUCCUUGUGCCUUUGCUUCUCGGAUCCAUGCACGUGCACCAUGGAAAAAUAUGACUAUUCCUGUUUCAGUGAGUCCUCGUCGAUGGCGCCACUGGGCUGGCAGCAGGCCCCGGGGGCCCCUCCCUCACAGGGCCCACAGCAACAACAGCAGCAGCUCUCCGUGGUGACGACGGUUUGGGGCGUCACGACUAGCACCCAGAGUGGAGGACCCAUGGCCGGAUCGUAUGGUGGCACCCACACGACGAUGGCCCAGGGGGCCCCUUACUCCGGGGGCCAGCCUGGGGGGUACUACCCGGGAAGCAUGACGCCCAAGUCCUACCCUCCUGGCAUGGGUAACAGGCAAAACGGGCCUGGUUACAAUGGGUACACACCAAAUCCUUCCCCAAUGUCUGGUGGAAUGCCUGGGACGUUGCCGAAUGCUGGUCAUAACACUGGAGGUGACUUCCAAGCUUCUCAUUCAGCAUUGAGUGCUGCAGCUCUUGUUGCAGCUGCCGCUACAGCUACUGCAACAGCAACAGCCAGUGUUGUUGCAAUACAGGAACGACAGCAAGGCAAUGGUGUUGCGAAUCAAUAUGGUCAGAUGCCGACCAUGCAAAACUCUCCGUACCAACCCAACUAUGGACCCGGACACCAACGAAUGCCAACGAAUCAACCAAUGAACAAUGGAAUGAGUGCAAAUAUGGGUAAUCCUAUGGGUAACUCUUUGAACAAUAUGGCAAAUCAUAUGAACAAUACAAUGAUGAACAUGUCAAACUCAGUGACGCCAAUGGCGAUGAAUGGACCUAUGGGCAUGAACUCUAAUGCCAUGAAUAAAUCAAUGGCUGGUGUUGGUGUUGGGAGUGCUGUGCAGCCUCCUCAUGCACCUAUGUACAGUGGCACGUCUCCUGGCAUGAUGCCCCAGGCCAGGAGUAGGAUGGCAUCUUACCCUUCUCCUCAACAACAUAUGGCACAAAAAAGGCCAACACAGUACAAUCCUAUGGUGCAACAGUAUGGUCCUGCAGGAAUGCAGCAUUAUGGAGCUGGUGCGCAACACACUUUCAACACUAAUCAAUACCCCGGUGCACCAGCUAAUCAGUUUGCAAAGCAGCAGCAAUACAAUCCCUCUGUACAGCCACAAGCAAUGACAAACCCCAACUACCUCACUCAGCAGCAGAUGCGGCCUAGCAUGAGACCUCAGUCAAAUCCAUAUGUCAAUCAGGGAGGACAGUAUUAUUCUCAAGGACAGAUAAAUGGCACACCACCUCAUCAGGCCCCUGCAUACGAUCAACAGUAUGCUCCACAGUAUCCUCAACAGAACAUGCAACGAAACCUAAACUAUCAACCAUCGCCAAUUCCGGGCAAUCCCACUCCUCCAUUAACUCCUGCAUCAGGAAUACCUCCUUACUUGUCUCCGAAUCCCGACUUAAAGCCAACUUUUCCUGAAAUGAAGCCAUCCUUGCCUGCACAAAAAGAUGACGAAUUGCGUCUCACCUUUCCUGUUCGGGACGGCGUCAUAUUGGCCCCAUUUCGACUGGAACACAACCUUGCUGUAAGCAACCAUGUCUUUCACUUAAAGCCAUCUGUACAUCAAACACUCAUGUGGCGGACGGAUUUGGAACUACAGUUAAAAUGUUUUCAUCACGAAGACCGGCAAAUGAACACGAAUUGGCCAGCCUCUGUUCAAGUCUCUGUAAAUGCCACACCUCUUUGCAUCGACAGGGGAGAGAACAAAACAUCACAUAAACCAUUGUAUUUAAAAGAAGUUUGUCAGCCAGGCCGGAAUACUAUUCAAAUUACAGUCACUGCCUGUUGUUGUUCCCACUUGUUCCUGUUGCAACUUGUCCAUCGUCCCACGGUCCGAUCUGUCCUACAAGGUCUCCUCAGGAAGAGGUUACUUCCCGCAGAACACUGCAUCACAAAAAUUAAAAAGAACUUUACCAGUGUUGCAGCUACUGCAAAUAAUGCUUUAAAUUGUGAGGAUGGUGUUGAACAGACUGCUAUCAAAGUGUCUUUGAAAUGUCCAAUCACAUUUAAAAGGAUAACCUUACCUGCGAGGGGACAAGAAUGCAAGCAUAUUCAAGGCUUUGAUUUGGAGUCAUACCUUCAGCUGAAUAGUGAAAGAGGUGCCUGGCGAUGUCCUGUGUGCAAUAAACCUGCCCUAUUAGAAGGUCUUGAAGUAGAUCAGUACAUUUGGGGAAUCCUGACGAACCUCAGUAAUUCAGAUAUUGAGGAAGUUACUAUAGAUGCCACCGCAAGCUGGAAACCAGUACCAAUCAAAGCUAUUAAAGAAGAGCAUGAUGACAACAUGUGUUCUGCUCCCAAACGUUUCAAAGCGAUGUCUCCGAAUAGUAUGACAAUGCCAACAACAAGUUCGUGGGAGAUGGGUCAGGGUCUUUCACCGUAUUCUGCACUGCCUCCACCUGAUAUGAACAGUAUUGCAAAUGGACCAAUGAUGUCAAAUGGAGUGAGCUAUGGUAGUGCCACAAGUGGUUUCGAUUUCCAUUCCCAAGCAUCUGAUUUCAGCAGUCCUCUUUCCCACCUAAAUGAAAGUGUUGCGUCACUCGACCCUCUUGCUGCCAUGGAAAAGUCCUUAAUUCACCAUGAGCAGCAAAUGGGACCUCCUAACCUCCAUGAUCAAACUAAUUCAUCUCUCCGGCACCCCCCAACCACCGCACCAAGAACAAGUACUCCUCAUCAGGCUCAACCUGCCACCCCUUCAUCCCAGAGCCAGUCCAUCAUGCAGCAUGGUCCUCAUACGCCGCACACACCUCAUACGCCUCACACCCCUGGUGGGGGCCCCCCCAGUGUUCCUCCAUCUUCACAGAAUGAGAGCAACAGCCAAAACACAUCGCACUCAUCCCCGAAUAGAGAUCAUUCCUCACUCACGCACGCUCCAGACUUAAGUGAUCUCAACUUUGAUCCUGCUGCAGUCAUCAAUGGCGAAGGACAAGGUCAAGAAGGGUUAAAUCUUUUACCGGAGAGUGUGGACCCGAUGGAACUCCUAUCGUACCUGGACCCUCCUGAUCUGGGUCCAACGACAGGUAGCAGCAAUUGUGGAACAACUGCUGUGAGCUCCACGCUAACCACUGCCACAAGUAACGUCACCACAUCGUCUUCAAACAGUAAUAACGAUGACCUACUUGCCCUAUUUGAGACUUAAAGCAAACUUUUAAAGACAAUUGUUGCAAAGUUAUCUAUGUUAAAAUGUGUACAGGAAGCUAUUGUUGAAUGCUGUCUUAAAUCAAGGCCAGUGAAGUUGAAUACUAUUUUAAAGAGACUUUUAUUGAACUUCUGAGUAUUCAAGUUGUAUUAUAAGAGGAACAAGAAACACAAAACAAAGAAUAUAUUACAUGAAAUGUAAAUUCACCACAAGAAACUGGUUGAAUAUCAGUAUUCUUUUUUCAUUUUAUAAGUAUUAGAGCACAUGUUGUCAAAUGACACUGCUGUUGUUCUCGCCAAAAAAGAAGAAUAAAACUACAGAUCCUGUAAAUGACCGACUUUACAUCGCUACCAUUGAUAUGAUGUAAUUAACUUUGCAUUGUUAAAACCCGCCAGCAUAGAAUGUUUCAUCUUUCAUUUUACUCUAAAUUGUAUAGAACGUUGCAAAUAUAUAUAUUUCACCACAGACCUUUCUUUUUGAGGUGAUAUGGAAAUAAUAGUAGGCUGCUUAUAUUUUGUUUGGCUUGUAGAGAAUUCUUGCUGAUUAGUGGCAGAGAUACGUCAGCAAUCAUAUAUUGUAAAUAUACUCUGAGUUUUAGGUAAACUUAGGUGUAUUUUAAAGUGUUCUUUACAUAUAUAUUCAUAUGUGUUUACUGCCAUGUAAUAUUCUUUAUCUUUUCCUCUUGUUGUUCAUAUUUAUUGUGUGUCAAACCUCAACACAGAAUCAAAAAUCUGUUGGGUUCUAAAUAAUGCCCAUAGAAGCCCUGUGUUUUUACCAUUUCAUGGUGUUUGCACUUUCUUAGUAGCAAAAGCACUUGGAGAUCUUUUAUUUGUACAGUGGUUUUUGCCGUAGCUUGGUACGAGUUGCUGCUGAAAAAACUUACAGCAAAAGUUCAACUUUUACCCACUUUAGGAGCUUGAGAUUAAACAUGGGUUACUACAAGAGAAACAAAAGCUAAGGGUUUUAAAAUUUUUAUCCAAAUUGUCUACAAAAAGCCCAUUUUAAUACAAUUUCGCAAUAAUUUUGAAUCCAACAGGGCUAAAAGAGAUCAACAAGGAGGUUAUAGGAACAACGUUGCUUUAAAUUUAAAUUGGAAAGGACGUAUUAUGUGUUAGAAAACAAAAUUCACAAUCAAUAAUUCAAAACAUGAUUGUUUUAUCAAGUUCGUAUCUUUUUCGCAACAGGUUUUUACGCGUGUGAACAAAUUGUAAAAAAUUACUUAAUUUUGACAAUCCUAGUUGUACUUAAUGAAAUUGUUUUGCAAAGUUUUUAUAUUUCUAUACAUGAUAUUGUGAGUGAAAAAUUUGUUUUGUUCAAAGCAAAUCGACCAUAUUUUGCCACUUAUCCGAAUGAAGUUUCUUAAUUUUGUGUGGAUUCAAUAUGAUGUGAUAUAAUCAUAUUCAUCAAUAAUCAAAUUCUUACUAUGGCUUUUAAUUUAAAUUAAUAUUCUUCGAAUAUUUAAAGUGAAAAGAUUAAUUAGAAAGCCCCUUUGUAUAUCAUGCUCCAUCAAAUAUGUGUACGGAAAAAAAAGGCGCAAUUUCUACGAAUAUUAAGGGUUUUUUUUUUUUUUUUUUUUAUCGUUUCACUUUUUGGAUACAAUGUUGAAUAUAUUUAAAUCUGUUUAUAAAUGUUGGUCUCUGCAUUAAGCUUGUAAUUUGUUAGAAACUUGUGAAAUUAAAGCUUUUUCAAGUGGAAGAAAACUUAUUCUUUUUCUAUUUUAGGCUCUUUCCUACAGUGCAUGAUAUAAAAAGGGAGGAACAAAUUGUUAGCCCCUGAAAUUAAAUAUUUCAAACUAAAAAAAGUUUUUUUCUUUUAUUUCUGCGCAAUACUUUGCAAAAUUAUGUACUAAAACUUUUAAGGCACAAAAAACUAAUCACGCACACAAAGUCGCACAAAAGAUUUUAAAAACAAAAUGGUGCUAUGCUUUAUUUCUUAAUGUCUGCUUGUUCACUUCCAUUCAUAUCACAAAUAUUGUGAAUUGUAAAGUAUUAGAAUAUGUAUGUUUAAACUGUUAUCAAAUAUGAUGAGAGUGGCCUUUUAUAAAAGUUAUUAUUUUAUUAAAAACUGGUUAAGUAGAUUUUGAAACAGGUUGAGUGUAUGUAACUAAAUUAUAAAUAGGUUUUUAGCGAUCGUAUAUGUACUUAAAUAUAGAAAGUAUAUAAGUACUUUGCACUUCUAUUUUAUGAACCGUGCACAGGAAAAAAUACGAAGUACAAUCAUAAAACUAAAAAGUAAAUUUUUAGUUAGUGUAAUAUUGUAAACAUAAGCUUAUUUUUUACUUUUUGCAUGCAUAGCAUGUUUCUGAGUCUUUUUCUGCCAUGGCUCUUCUUUCAAUUUAGUUGUCGUAUAUGCAAGCAAUUAAUAAUUUUCAUCAAUUUUUACCAAACUAAAAUCAAAGAUUGAAUAAACUCUGAUGAAAUAAAGCCUAACCUUGACAAUAUUUACUUCUUUUUGGGGGAGUCCUUUGAAAAAGGAAAGUGUUAUUCAUGUGGAUUGAAGUUGAAAUACCUUCGCCAUAUUACUACAGUCGGACCCCGAUUUAAUGAAUUCAUUGGGACCGAAACUUUUACAUGUUAAAUCGGGGUUAUUGGUAAUAUCGGGGUGUGAAGAUUUUUUUUUUUUUAAGUGCACUUACCUUAUCUAAAACCCCUAAUAAGCAACUGCGCAAAAAUAUGCAUAAUUAGAAAGUGAAACUAAAUUAGAAACUUUUUAUUUAGCAUUUCAGGACUUAUUACAUGCUAUUUAAUUUGAAAUUUUAAACUACUAACACUAAGUAAUGAUGUUUGGCACUUUUCUUGAUACUUAAUUGGAAAUAGUUCUCUUUCGACCUAAUGGAGAGAAGAAGAUAUUGUGUCAUUUGCGGCCUGCUGCAUGAGAUAUGUUUUUUCAGUUUCCAGGCCAUAUAAAGCAUUUGAAAAAGUAAGUUUUAAUGGGAGUUUCACUAUCAAUUCUCUGCAUCAAAAUCAGUAUUCGUUGGUUGCCCCUGCGCCCACCAAAGAUUGCUGAUUGAUUCCAAGAAAAGUCUCUUCUAUUUCGGACAAUAUAGAUAUAAUGUUUGAAAAGCAAUCCAAUAUUUUCAAACUCAAAUUAACAAAAAAAAAAAAAAAAAAAAAAAAAAAAAUCGGCUAUUAAAAUAAUUCAUUAUUCAGGGUUUUUUAUUCUGUUAAUAGGGGUUUUUGCCUUCAUUUUUGUCGGGGGGAAAAAUUCGUUAAAUAGAGGUUCGUUAAAUCGGGGUCUGACUGUAUGAAGAAACACAACUUAACUCAAUGCAGAUCACCUUUCCAUAUUUCACUUGAUAAAUUCCAUGAAAAGAAGUUAACAAUGUCAAGAUCAGAGCCAUAUUAUAGUUUUCAAUCCUCUUUCUGAUUCGAAAAAUAAAAAUUAAUUAAUAAUUUGUUAAAAGAAUUCUAUGAAUGUCUGAUUAAAUUGCCUUUGUCCUUCAUUAAUAUUAGAGUAAAAAUUUUAUUCCUAACAUUUUCAUCUCCUUAGAGAAAAAAAAAAUCAGGGAAAAUUGUUUGAAAAAGCAAUUUACCACCUGCAUUUCAUGAGAGUUAUUUCUAAUACUUUUGAAAAAUUAAUGUUAAUUCAAGUUAACUCUUUUGAUGGAGAAGUUCAUUUUUGUAAUUACUUGAAAGUCUUUAAAGCAUUUUCAACCGCCAAAACACUGAGUUAAGUGAAUAUAAACCUUUUAUUAUAGCUCUAAUAUGCUUUUUUUUUCUAUCAAUGUUUUCUCUUUCAUUCUGAAAUACAUGCAAAAUUUAAUUGCAGAAAAUAUUUUCUACUGUAUGUUUACAUUUGAGUAGAUUACUAAUACUAUUGUGAUCUAUUAUAUUAAUUUAUUAUUUUAUUUAGUUAAAUAUUUAAGAUAUAGGGAUUUUUUAAUGUGGUGUGUUUUACAAUGACAUUUGAGACUUUUAACCAAACUUCCCAUAAAAAAACCUAAUUGUUGAGAAUCUUAUUUUUAAAGAGUUUUUGUUAAUAACCGCAUUUGUAUGUCUUAGUUUGUAUCAAAAUUUUUAACGUAUAUAAAUUGAAACAACUUUCUCUUGCAUAUGACCAUCGAACACAUAAUCUUCGUAAGUGAUAUUACUAUAGUUCACAAUUUAGGAACCUCAGAUGUUUAAAAGUAGACUAGGUGCUGUAUUGUGUGUGCAUACUGUACAAAUAUGUAUUCCUGAAAAUGUAAUUGCGCUUGUCUUUAAUGUGUGUUGGAGAGAACCUAAACAAUUACAAUCUCAGGGUUUUCUGUAGAUAAAAUGCUGCUGUAGAUUUCAUUUGCUUAGUCUGUGAUUUUAUUGUUGAUUUCUGUGUUACAUAUCAAUCCCAAAGUUUGAUUUAAGUGAGUUCUCAUGACGUCGUGUUACUUAUAGUCGAGGGCACCCUGAUAGGUCGCUGUGACCUUCAAAAGAUUUCCUUAUUCGCAAAUUUUCUCUGAUAAAUAGACAAAAUUAUCAUAAUUUGGCAAGUUUUGUCUGACAGCUCUACAAAAUUAUCAUCAUGUAGCAAAAUUUGGAGUUCCGUUCGGCAAAUUGAGAAUUUUCGACCUGCCAAAACAUUUAAAUGUGGGGUUGCCCCUCCCCUGGUUUUAGCAUGCAAUGAAAUAUUGAGAUGAAAAGGAAGUCAACACGAAGAGGAGAAAAGGGGGAGAAAAAGAAUAUUUUUCCUAAGGGAGAAAAUUUAAUUUAUUUGGAGACAACCUCAGUUUCUUUUCCUUUUUUUGGUAUUAAAAGAUAAAAUUAAUUUAAAUUCAUCGUAUAAUUUUAUUUUAUUUCAUGGCUUUCAGAAAAAUCUGAAAAUGUUUUCUGAUUAUAUCUGACAAAGAUGGUGUGAGAAAUAAAUGAAACUCAUAGUGGGUCUUUUAAACCUCGAGCUACUAUUAUUUUGUUCCCUAGUUCAGCCAAAAUUUACUUUUUCAAGGAAGCGGCUCUCAUAUCGAUUCGUACAUGAAAUUACUGAAGCUCCUGAUUGGGUGGGGAGUUAUAGAGAUUUUCACCUUAAUAUUGUUAAUAUUUUAUUCAAAAGAUCAUAGAUAUUAAUUUCCAAUCCUUACUCAUGCUUAGCAGAAUGCAAUUUUACUCAACAAUGUUAUGUUAAUUGGUCAAUUGCAGUGAAAUGACAAUAGGGUUGUUUCCUUCAGUCAAAAGUACUACUUUCAGGCACAGAAAUUGAUGGAAUAAGCAAAAAAAAAAAUAAUAAUAUGGACCCAGAAAAUACUUUCAUUUUCCCAACAGUUAUUUUUUAAUUUUUUUUUUUAAAUGUCCAAUUAUUCAAACAAGGCAUGGUCUUUAUGAGGUCAUAAAUGAUGUCCUUUGGUGCAUUUUUCACUGCGUUUCCAUGUUAUGAUAAUCAAGCAGCGAAUUAAAAAUUGCCUCUAUGCUUGCUAUCAACCAUAUCGUUGCCAGUACACGUGAAUAAAGAUUCAAAUUAAAUAUUGUGCUCUUCUGAAUGGCAACAGUGAAUUUCAUUUCAUCAUUUGUGAUGUUAUCGGCAGAAGCGUUAAACAAUGAAAGCGCAUCAAUUAAAGCAAUUUUUCAAAAAUAUUAAACUUAGUCAAAUUAUUUAAAAAGUGGUCAGAUCCUAUGUUUCUAAGCAUUCUCUUUCAGAAAAAAAUACUUUUAAAAUUUUGGAAACGAACCCAUUGCAAUAUUAGUUUUAAAAAAUUGCUACAUGGUAAAUGUUAAUUGUACUUCAGAGCUAUGUUUUUCCAUUUACAAAAAAAAUACCAUGCUCAAAUUUUCACAACGUUGAACAACCUAAUGUCUAUGCUUUUUUUGUGAACCAGUUUCAUCAUUCACACUCACCUCAUCGGAGAAAUUUUAAGUUUUUUUUGCAAAUUUAACAUUCCCCCUCCCCCCCAUAUUUUACAAGACGUCAUGCGUUCUUCUAUUCCUCUGGGCAGAAUUUUUUUUUCUAUCGGAUAAGUGGCAAAAUAAUUCCCUUUGGACCAAAUCUUUUUGAUACAUGCAAAACACUGAUGAAACGCUGAAACUUGUUGUGUUUGGUCUGAAAUGUCACUACUUAAAACAGGGAAAACAAGUGUAUGUGGUUUUAAAUGUGUGCUUCCCUACCUGUCUUCAUCUGCUGUACAUAAUGUAGGUAUUUUGUAUAGUAAUAUACAUGGCUUUUUAAAUGUAACAAAACAAUAAUCAGUGUCAUUCCCUACCUUCUUGGAUGCAAAGGAAAUUUCGCUUUUCUCCAGCUAGAUGCUACUGCUUUUAUGAUUUUAGUAAUAAAAAUUUUAAUAAAUAAUUUUGUUUUUGAUAAAAA